CCCGCCCCCAGCUCAGGACUUCCGGCCUUCAGGCUGCGGGGGGCCGCUCUAGCCGCGUGUUUCCACGGCUCUAUGGGGCUGUGGGUGCCGCCGAGAGCGGCCACGUGAGGGUCACUCGGAGCAGGUCGGGAGCCGGGGGGGCUGCAGGCCAGUGGGAGCCGCCUGGGGAGACAGCCGGGUUCCUGGCAGCUGCACCAUGUUUGACGAAGGGGGGUGGAACAAGGAGGAUGACGGGGAGGCUCUCAGCCAGGCUCUCCUGCGCCCUCGGCACCGCCCUGCCCAGCACUGCACCCUGGCUCCUAGAGGCUCCUUGCAGAAGCAACGCAGGCAGCUCCUCGCGACCCUGCAGCGCCUAGAGGCCUCGAGCUGCACGGACCCUCCUCAGAGCCCUGGGCCCCUGUCUGGGGACAGCGAAUCUGAGUCUGACUCUGCGGGCCGGGCAGGGAGGAAACAGCCCAGGAAACAGAGACAGGGCCUGAAACCCAGAGCUGCCUCCUCCCCCGGUGUUGCCCCAGGGGCUCCAAGCUGCUCCGGCGCUCCCCACCCAGGACCGGAGGCAGGCCCCGCUGGCAGGAGACGGAGGAAAGAUUCUGCAGCAGAGGCCCCCGGGGACAGCACGCCUGCACCCAGCAAAGAGCAGCCGAGCCGGGAGCUGGGCGCAGCCGCUGGCAGGCCGGUUCCAUUGCUGACCAGGAAGCAGUGGAGGAACAAACAGAAGAAUAAAAGGCGACAGAAGAACAAGUUCAAAGCGGGUGCGGGGCAGGAUGUGGGGCAGGGGACCUCGGCACUGCCCGCGUCUGAGCUCUCGGGGGUGCUGCGGGCCCGGAUGGAGGAGCGGCUCCAGUCAGCCCGUUUCCGCUACAUCAACCAGCAGCUCUACAUGUCCAGCAGCCAGGAGGCAGCCCAGCUCUUCCAGCGCGACCCUGCUGCCUUUGCCAUCUAUCACCGCGGCUUUGCCCGGCAGGUGGGGCGCUGGCCUGAGAAUCCAGUUCACCGCAUUAUCCAGUACCUGCGGGGUCGGCCGGCCUCGCUGGUGGUGGCAGAUUUUGGCUGCGGCGACUGCAAGAUUGCGACCAGUGUCAGGAACAAGGUUCAUUCGUUCGACCUGGUGGCGCUGAGCCCACGUGUCACUGUGUGUGACAUGGCCAAGGUGCCGCUGGCAGACGAGUCUGUGGAUGUCACCGUGUUCUGCCUGGCGUUGAUGGGCACCAAUCUGCAGGAGAUCCUGGAAGAGGCCAACCGGGUGCUGAGGCCAGGGGGCACGCUGAAGGUGGCAGAGGUUGCCAGCCGCUUCGCAGACAUCCGGGCCUUUGUGAGCGCCGUGACUCAGCUGGGCUUUCAGAUUGUCUCCAAGGACCUGGGCAAUCCGUUUUUCUAUAUGUUUGAUUUCUCCAAGACGGGGCAGCCCCGGGCUGGGGGGAGCCUGCCUGGCCUGGCGCUGAGACCCUGCCUCUACAAGAAGCGCUGAAGGGCCCCUCAGCUGGUGUCUGCCUGGGGCCUGCACCGGGCCCGGCCUGCCCUGGAGCCCCCACCCCUGCACCGGGCCCGGCCUGCCCUGGAGCCCCCACCCCUGCACCGGGCCCCGGGGCAGGGCGGGGUGCCUGUGCCUGAAUUCCUGGAGCCCCCACCUCGCCUGGCACCUCGCCCGGCACCCCGCCCUGCCCUGGGGCCCCUGCGCCUGGAUCCCACCCCUGCGCCCUGCCCUGGGGCCCCCACCUCGCCCGGCACCCCGCCCUGCCCUGGGGCCCCUGUGCCUACAUCCCACCCCCUGCGCCCUGCCCUGGAGC